UCUUCCCACUCCUGUCUGGCUCUCUGGGUUGCCUUCCCCUGUUUGUUUGUUUUAAUUACCGCACGGGCGGAGCUUGGCAUUGCGUUCCCCAACGGAAAAGUUUGGCUUUUUCUAUCUCCACCUUCCCCCCCCCCCCACCCCCCCCCCCCCACCACCUCUCUCUCCCUCUCCCUAUCGCUUUGCCUCUGGUCCUGAUCUGGAUGACACCCAGGCGGCUGUUUCCCAAACGCAGGAGCCGGAGCUACGCUCGCUCCAGGUUAGCUAUUCAUUCCCUGGACGCUUCGACUGCCGCAGAGAACCUCCUCAUAACUCUCCCCUUUCACGUUGGAAGGACCAACUUGUUAAUUUCAGUGAAACCUGACGAGAACUUGAACAGGGAAGCACCAUGUCACAAGCUGGAGCACGGAAGACGAUGUCGGAUUUCUGGGCGGAACAUUCCAGAAAGGCCACGAUCGAGGAGAUGAUGCUAGACUCCGGCGCUGAGGUCAUCACCCAGAUUGAGAAACCCGAGAUCCUCGCUAUGCUGCCCAACUACAAGGGGCAGCGGGUGUUAGAGCUGGGAGCUGGCAUUGGGAGGUUCACGGGGCACCUGGCCAAAACUGCAGGCCACGUCACCGCAGUGGACUUCAUGGAGAAGUUUGUGACCAAGAACCGUGAGGUGAACGGCCACCGCGUCAACAUCAGCUUCCUGCAGGCCGACAUCACACAGCUGGAGUUACCGAGCAACAGAUUACCUCAGGAUCUUCUAAGUGUGCAGCUAUAA